AUGCGUUCAUUUACCAACGUAACUCGGCCUUUCUCAGAGUUUAAUUAUUUAUUAAAGUUUCAGAGGCUUCAUCUUUCUCAAGAUGUUUCCCCUUUCACCAGGGGUUUUUCCUUUCGCCGGAGUUUUGUCAUUUCGCCGGGGAGUUCUGCCAUUCGUUCUUCACCGGUUUUAGGUUACGUCUCUCGCCAGAUACAUAGUACAGCAUCCGUUCAAAAUGAUAUGGAUGAAUAUAAUAAAAUUCUCAACUCUCAACGCGCUGCUCGACCUCUAUCUCCUCAUAUGACCAUUUAUCAACCUCAAAUAACAUGGUAUAUGUCCGGUUUUCACAGAAUUACUGGAGGAGUUUUGGCAACUGUUCUUUAUGGAGGUGCUAUAGUAUACGCUAUUCAGGGCCCGUUAGGAUUAGGAUUAAACACAGAUUCGCUUGUCGCUGAAAUAGCUACACUUCCAACUUCCCUUAAAUUGGCCGGAAAAUUCGCUUUUGCUUUUCCAUUUACUUAUCAUACCUUUAAUGGUAUUAGGCAUUUGAUCUGGGAUACUGGAAAUGCAUUAACACUCAAAGGUGUUUAUUCUACAGGAUAUACUGUAUUAGGGCUCUCUGCCAUUACCACCCUUGGAGUGU